AUGGCCACCACCACCACGAUAGCAGGUAGCGGUCCCGUGGCAGGGCCGCAUUUGGCCGAGAGUCUGGUCUGUACGCGUGGUCUCCAGUUAGUGAACCGAGGCGCCAUGGCGUUGGGCAUUCAGGCCAGCAUCCGAGCGCCAAACUUCUUCGUCUUUGAGGACGGCACGCAGGUGGAUGGCCUGCCCCGGCUGAAUAAUAACCGUCAGGUGCGUAUAAUCUGCUUGGAGCGAUCGCGAUGGCCUCAGCUCCACCAACCCUCCUGUACAUUUGUGCUGGAGCCGGGCUGCAAAAAGUUGUUUGGAUUCGUCUUCCAAUGGGCCAGUUUGAUUGGACGAGGGAUGACAGUCGAAUCACGGGAUGAUACUGAUGGUGUGCUCAAGAGCUUGUUUAACGAAACUCCCCAGCGCGCCUGGUCUGGUAGGCUGCACCUUCGCGUUUGCAGUCCCAAAGAAGUUGCCUCCAGCGUAGGCAGUGCUGCUGUCCUGCCAGUAAAUGCCACAGCCCCCGCGCUGUCCUGUGCUCCCCUUCGCGUGUGUGCAAUCAUGAAAAUGCCAAGGCUAGACCUCCUCUCUCCCACAGUGGUCCAGGGCGGCGUGACCUUCGUUGGCCAGACUUCCACCCUCUCUGUUCGCCUGGCCAACCGCGGAGCCUCAAGAGAAGCCUGGGUGCUUGAAGAGUUCUCCUCCAUUCUCUACAAGCCGAGUAUGGGGAGUCUUAAGGAGCUGCGCUCACCUCCGAUUAUCUGGUCUUCUUCUACGCCUUCGGAGUGUUCGGAACCUGGCGCUUCUGUCUACGACAGCGAAGAGCAAAUCGAACUAACUCAGAGUCGUUCGGCUGUGACCGUAAGCUCACAACGCUCUACACACCCGAUGGAAAGUCAGGUGGUUCAACAAGCCUCGGAAGCCUUCAUCUUCACAACCAAGUCGGGUUUCUUAGAGGCAGCCGGUGAUGUCAAGAGGCAGGAUGUGGCAAGGGUAGAAGUAACGUUUGCACCCAAGGAAGAUGGUGUCUUCGAAAAAGUUGUUUGCUUCGUCGGCCAGUUGUCAGGUGAUCGCAUCCCCGUAACCUUCACAGCCGCAGGCAGUUUUGACGAACGCUUUGACCAACACUUUGCGGAGUGA